AUGGACCGUGUACGGAGGCUUCUUGCCGACCCCGUGGCGUACGAGCCGCUGGAAGACUCGGCGGAGGAUGAUGCUGGCGAACAUGGCCAGGGCCAGCAAAGACCGCUGUCUCGCUUCUCGCGGUUGGAAUACAGCGUCUUUUUCCUCCUCGGAGUGGCCAUGCUAUGGGCAUGGAAUAUGUUCUUAGCCGCCGCGCCCUACUUUUACAGCCGCUUUGAGUCGAAUGACUGGACUGCAACACAUUAUCAAUCCUCGAUCCUCUCAGUCUCAACCGUCACCAACCUCGGGACCGUGUACAUUCUUGCAACCAUUCAGAAACAAGUCUCCUACCCGUGGCGCAUCACGCUCUCGCUGCUGAUGAAUUGCUUUAUCUUCACCCUCCUGGCAUUCUCGACCAUCGUCAUGAAGGACAUCUCGGCGCAGGCGUACUUUGGUUUCCUGAUGGUAAUGGUGUUUGGCGCAAGCUUUGCCACAGGUCUAAAUCAGAACGGGGUCUUUGCAUAUGUCUCCGGGUACGGCAGGGAAGAGUAUACACAAGCGAUCAUGGGUGGACAGGGCGUCGCGGGUGUCCUUCCGUGCAUUGUUCAGAUCUUCUCUGUAUUGGCAGUACCGAGGAAGAACGGCGACGGGCAAGGUCAGGAUGGCUCGCAGGGAUCGUCAUCGAAAUCAGCCUUCAUAUAUUUCCUGACUGCCACGGGGGUCUCGGUACUCACGCUACUAACAUUCCUCUAUCUCCUCAGGAACCGACCCAACCCGAAGCUGAAAGCGACAGAUGAGGACGAGGGUGCUUCUCUCGUUGACCGUACGCCUGACAAAGCGGUCAGUUUGUGGACGUUGUUUAAGAAACUGCGCUAUCUAUCGCUUUCUGUCUUUGUGUGCUUCCUGGUCACAAUGAUGUUCUUCCCAGUCUUUACCUCCGAGAUCCAGUCAGUCCAUUUCCCCGGAGGGCCUCGGAUGUCCGAACCGACUGUCUUCAUUCCCCUUGCUUUCUUGUUUUGGAACAUCGGCGAUCUUGGGGGGCGUCUUGCGGUAGCUAUCCCGAAGUUGUCUCUAGCGCAUCGCCCUUGGAUGGCCUUCGUCCUCGCCGUGGCGCGUGUCAUCUUCGUGCCCCUGUACGUCUUCUGCAAUAUCAACGGCAACGGAGCCGUUGUGAAGAGUGACUUCUUCUACCUCUUCAUCGUGCAAUUGUUCUUCGGUGCAACCAAUGGGUACCUGGCGUCGAGUUGCAUGAUGGGCGCUAGCCACUGGGUGACUGCCGAUGAACGUGAAGCUGCAGGAGGGUUUAUGAGCAUGAUGCUCGUGGGAGGAUUGGCUGCCGGUAGUUUAUUGAGCUUUCUCGUCGUCAGCUGA